AUUUUCAGCGCUGCAUUCUCAAAGCUGCCAAAGAAAUAAGCUUAUUCUUAGUUAGCUGAGGCACAGUUCCUCGGGUUGAAACACAUCCGCCCAGAAACGUUCGGCCAGUGAUGUAUAUAGAUACCUCAAUGUCACCAUAAUUUUUCUCUCAUCUCCUUACCUACAAUCAAUAAAACCACACUCGAAGAUUUUCCUAUCUUUUCCUUUUUUUUCCCCUUUCCUUACUUUCUUCAUUUCCUUGCUGUUGUCGCACUCUCGCUUCGAAAAUCAGUAAUAAUGUCUGCUAUAAUCACGAAAGUUCUCAUUGGCGCCCUUGCUACUGUCGGUGCUGUCCAAGCCCUUCCCAACCAGCAGUAUGUUCCAUCUGGUUUUUCUACUGUUGUUGCUGCAUCAGCAACUGCUUCUGCCACCACUCCACCCGCCCCGGUGCAGACCCAAGACAACACGGCUUUGUUCAAGGACCUUUUCACUGCUCCUACAGCCAUCAAGCGCUUCCAGCGACUUCUUACUACUGCUGGAGAGAAGCUCCUCUCCCCCGAGGAGCUCAAGAAGCUCAUAGUCUUCGACUUCAACGGCGCCACACCUGCCCCGGGAGCCAAAGGCGGAGCCGCCAAGGCUGCCAACAUCGAGACCUUUCCUAUCCUCACUGACCUUGGUAUUUCUACUACUAUGGGUUUCCUCGACGCCUGUGGUAUUAACACACCCCACAUCCACCCACGCGCAACCGAAUUCCUCACCGUUGUGGAGGGUCAAAUCGACUUCGGUUACAUUCUCGAAAAUGGCCUUGUCAAGGCUCCUAACAGCGCCGAAGUCUCCGGUCACCUUGACAAGUUCCAGGGCACUGUCUUCCCCAUGGGCAGUAUCCAUUACCAAAUCAAUCCCGAUUGCAAGCCCGCCACUUUCGUCGCGACUCUCAACUCCGAGGACCCAGGUACUUCCCAGGUCGCACAGAAUUUCUUCGGCCUGAACGCAAACGUCGUCAAUGCUACACUUGGGUUUCCUUCAAGCCUUGCCGGAAAGGACAUCGCCAGUUUCAGGAACACCAUUCCUGCAAACUUGGCUAAGGAUAUUGAAAACUGUCUGAAGAAGUGCCCGCAGCAGUAAGCGGUAGAUAAGAGCAUUGGGUAGGGGUACGGGUUGGGUCGGAUUGGCAUCCUUUGGCACAGCGCGGCGUUUUGUGACUUUCGUGAUUAAUAACUGAUCUUGCUUGGCGACUAGGUUUUUGGUUCUUUUUGCAUAGCGAUGGGGCUUCUAAUUUUCUUUCUAAGAAGCCUUCUUUGAUUUAGUUUUAUUCUGUAAACAUUCUUCUCGACUGUCGCUACUAAAUCAAGACUUUGACCACAUCG